AUGUCUUCAAAAGUAAAACGAACUUACGCGUCUCGCUCGGACAAACCCAAGCCCUGCUUUUUAUCACCUGCCUCUGCGCCCUCUUCUCCUCCUCCAGCGCCAUCGAUCAAGAGAAAACGGCUUUUCGGUGAUUCUCAGUCCCAGGUUGAUGCAUCUGCGAAACGCGUCAAGUCUUCGAAGGAAAAACUUAGGCAAAAGACGCUGAAGCAGCUUCAUUUCUGCAUUGAUCAAUCGAUUGUGCGGACCUGUGCCAUUUGCAAAUUGUCAUAUACGAAAGGUGCUGAAGACGAUGAAGCUUUGCAUCGAGCUCAUUGUGCCAGAGUUCAACGAGGUAUGGAGUGGGGCAAAGAGGAGGAAAGAGACAAAGCUGGUGCAGGAAACGUGAAGGAGAUUGUAGAGGUGGUCAAGCUAAAGGAUGGAAAAAAGGGAAGGAUUAUCUGUGUAGAUGCGACUGUAGGAGGCAAGAUUGGUUCUAAGUUAUCUACACUUUUGGAAACCAUCAACGUCACGCUCUCAGCCUCUACUUUGUCGCCAGAAGCCCUACGUGCCUCUAAAGCUUAUCUUUUCCUUCUGCCCGCAAUAACACCCAAUAAAGAAAAGAUCGUGGGCUGCAUCUUCGCGCAACGGAUAGAAAAGGCGAUGGCGGUAGCUCCUCCUUCGAGUUCUUCCAUCCCUGAGAAUGACGACGCGACACCUUCCUCACGGUCACUUCUGACUGUGGAUGAUACAAGUGGUCUUUUCUGCUAUCCUGAACUUCUUCCAACUGCACUUGGUAUUUCUCGAAUAUUUGUCACUUCUACACAACGCAGACAGGGAAUAGCGAGCGGCUUGUUGUCUGCCGCCGCGCAAACAGCUAUUCAUGGAUGUGUCUUGGACCCUAAGGAUGGGCAGAUCGCGUUUUCGCAAACCACCGGGGACGGUAUAGCUUUGAUGAGAAAUUGGGGACAAGGAGGUAUCCGGAUAUAUGAUGAAGACAAUUGUUAG